UCCUCGACAGUUCACUCACUCCACCGGUCAUCUCCCCAUCCUCGACAGUUCACUCACUCCACCGAUCAGUCCCGAUCUUCGACAGUUCACUCACUCCACCACUGAUCAGCUCCGCAUCCUCGACAAUUCACUCACUCCACCGAUCGGCCCCCCCAACCUCGACAGUUCACUCACUCCAUUGAUCGGCUCCCCAUCCUCGACAGUUCACUCACUCCACCGAUCGGCGCCCCAUCUUGGACAGUUCACUCCCUCCAUUGAUCGGCUCCCCAUCCUCGACAGUUCACUCACUCCACCGAUCGGUCCCCAUCUUCGACAGUUCACUCACUCCACAACUGAUCGGCACCCCAUCCCUGAUAGAUCACUCACUCCACCGAUCAACUCCCCAUCCUCGACAUUUAACUCAGUCCACCACCGAUCAGCUCCCCAUCCUCGACAGUUCACUCACUCCACCGCCAAUCGGCUCCCCAUCCUCGACAGUUCACUCACUCCACCGCCAAUCGGCUCCCCAUCCUCGACAGUUCACUCACUCCAUCACCGAUCAGCUCCCCAUCCUCGACAGUUCACUCGCUCCACAACAGAUCAGCUCCCAAUCCUCGACAGUUCACUCAUGCCACCGAUCAGCUCCCCAUCCUCGACAGUUCAUUCACUCCACAACCGAUCAGCUCCCCAUCCUCGACAGUUCACUCACUCCACCACCGAUCAGCUCCCCAUCCUCGACAGUUCACUCACUGCACCACCAAUCGGCUACCCAUCCUCAACCGUUCAGUCACUCCACCGAACAGCUCCCCAUCCUCGACAGUUCACUCACUCCAGCGAUAGGCUCCCCUUCCUCGACAGUUCACUCACUCCACCGAUCAACUCCCAUUCCUCGACAGUUUACUCCCUCCACCACCGAUCAGCUCCCCAUCCUCGACAGUUCACUCGCUCCACAACAGAUCAGCUCCCAAUCCUCGACAGUUCACUCACUCCACCGGUCAGCUCCCCAUCCUCGACAGUUCACUCACUCCACCACCGAUCGGUUCCCCAUCCUCGACAGUUCACUCCCUCCACCUACAGGCUCCCGAUCCUCGACAGUUCACUCAAUACACCGAUCGGCUCCCCAUCCUCGACAGUUCACUCCCUCCACCACCGAUCGGUUCCCCAUUCUCGACAGUUCAGUCCCUCCACCACCGAUCGGUUCCCCAUCCUCGACAGUUCACUCCCUCCACCUAUAGGCACCCCACCCUCGACAGUUCACUCACUCCACCGAUCGGUCCCCAUUUCGACAGUUCACUCACUCCACCACCGAUCUGCUCCCCAUCCUCGACAGUUCACUCACUCCAACGCCGAUCAUCUCCCCAUCCUCGACAGUUCACUCACUCCAGCGAUAGGCUCCCCUUCCUCGACAGUUCACUCACUCCACCGAUCAACUCCCAUUACUCGACAGUUUACUCCCUCCACCACCGAUCAGCUCCCCAUCCUCGACAGUUCACUCACUCCACCAAUCGGUCACCAUCUUCGACAGUUCACUCACUCCACAACUGAUCGGCACCCCAUCCUCGACAGAUCACUCACUCCACCGAACAGCUCCCCAUCCUCGACAGUUCUCUCACUCCACCGAUCAGCUCCCCAUCCUCGACAGUUCUCUCACUCCACCGAUCAGCUCCCCAUCCUCGACAGUUCACUCACUCCUCCGAUCAGCUCCCUAUCCUCGACAGUUCACUCACACCACCGGUCAGCUCCCCAUCCUCGAAAAUUCACUGACUCCACCGAUCAGCUCCCCAUCCUCGACAGAACACUAACUAACUCCACCGAUCAGCCCCCUAUCCUCGACAGUUCACUCACUCCACCGGUCAUCUCCCCAUCCUCGACAGUUCACUCACUCCACCGAUCGGUCCCGAUCUUCGACAGUUCACUCACUCCACCACUGAUCAGUUCUGGAUCCUCGACAAUUCACUCACUCCACCGAUCGGCCCCCCAUCCUCGACAGUUCACUCACUCCACCGAACAGCAUCCCAUCCUCGACAGUUCAUUCACUCCACCACCGAUCAGCUCCCCAUCCUCGACAGUUCACUAACUCCACCGAUCAACUCCCAUUCCUCGACAGUUUACUCCCUCGACCAGCAAUCAGCUCCCCAUUCUCGACAGAUCACUCACUCCACCGAUCAACUCCACAUCCUCGACAGUUCAUUCACUCCACAACCGAUCAGCUCCCCAUCCUCGACAGUUCACUCAUUCCACCGAUCAGCUCCCCAUCUUCGACAGUUCACUCACUCCACCACCGAUCAGCUCCCCAUCCUCGACAGUUCACUAACUCCACCGAUCAACUCCCAUUCCUCGACAGUUUACUCCCUCGACCAGCAAUCAGCUCCCCAUUCUCGACAGAUCACUCACUCCACCGAUCAACUCCACAUCCUCGACAGUUCAUUCACUCCACAACCGAUCAGCUCCCCAUCCUCGACAGUUCACUCAUUCCACCGAUCAGCUCCCCAUCAUCGACAGUUCAUUCACUCCACCGGCGAUCAGCUCCCCAUCCUCGACAGUUCACUCCCUGCACCUACAGGCUCCCCAUCCUCGACAGUUCACUCACUCCACCGAUCAGUUCCCCAUCCUCGACAGUUCACUCACUCCUCCGAUCAGCUCCCCAUUCUCGACAGUUCCCGCACUCCACCACCAAUCAGCUCCCCAUCCUCGGCAGUUCACUCAAUCCACCGAUCGGCUCCCCAUCUUCGACAGUUCAUUCACUCCACCACCGAUCGGCUCCCCAUCCUCGACAGAUCACUCACUCCACCAUUGAUCGGCACCCCAUCCUCGACAGUUCACUCACUCCACCACCGAUCAACUCCCCAUCCUCAACAGCUCAUACACUCACACCACCACCGAUCAGCUCCCCAUACUCGACAAUUCACGCACUCACUCCAUCACCGAUCAGCUCCCCAUCCUCGACAGUUCACUCACUCCACCACCUAUCAUCUCCCCAUCCUCGACAGUUCAGUCAUUCCAUCACUGAUCAACUCCCCAUCCUCGACAGAUCACUCACUCACUCCACCGAUCGGCUCCCAUCUCCCAUCAUUCCACCACGGAUCAGCGCUCCAUCCUCGACAGUUCACUCACUCCACCGAUCGGCUCCCCAUCCUCGACACUUCACUCACUCCAGCACCGAUCAGCUCCCCAUACUCGACAGUUCACUCACUCCAUCACCGAUCAGCUCCCAAUCCUCGACAUUUCACUCACUCCACCAAUCAGCUCCCCAUCCUCGACAGUUCACUCACUCCACAACCGAUCAGCUCCCCAUAAAUGGCUAAUCACUCCACCACCGACCAUGAUCGUUCACUCACUCCACCACCGAUCACCCACCCAUCCUCGACAGUUCACUCACUCCACCGAUCAGCUCCCCAUCCUCGACUGUUCACUCACUUACUCCACCGAUCAGGUCCCAAUCCUCGACAGUUCACUCACUCCACCACCGAUCAGCACCCCAUCCUCGACAGAUCACUCACUCCAUCACCGCUCAGCUCCCUAUCCUCAACAGUUCACUCAAUCCACCACAGUUCAGCUCCCCAUCCUCGAAAAUUCACUGACUCCACCGAUCAGCUUCCCAUCCUCGACAGAACACUAACUAACUCCACCGAUCAGCACCCCAUCCUCGACAGUUCACUCACUCCACCAAUCAGCUCCCCAUCCUCGAAAGUUCACUAACUCACUCCACCGAUCAGCUCCCCAUCUUCGACAGUUCACUCACUCCACCGAUCAUCUCCCCGUCCUCGACAGUUCACUCACUCCACCGAUCGGUCCCCAUUUCGACAGUUCACUCACUCCACCACCGAUCUGCUCCCCAUCCUCGACAGUUCACUCACUCCAACGCCGAUCAUCUCCCCAUCCUCGACAGUUCACUCACUCCAGCGAUAGGCUCCCCUUCCUCGACAGUUCACUCACUCCACCGAUCAACUCCCAUUACUCGACAGUUUACUCCCUCCACCACCGAUCAGCUCCCCAUCCUCGACAGUUCACUCACUCCACUGAUCGGUUCCCCAUCCUCGACAGUUCACUCACUCCACCGAUCAGCUCACCAUCCUCGACAGUUCACUCACUCCAUCACUGAUAAGCUCCCCAUCCUCGACAGUUGACUCACUCCACCGAUCAGCUCCCCAUCCUCGACAGUUCACUCACUCUACCGAUCAGCUCCCCAUCCUCGACAGUUCAUUCACUCCACAACCGAUCAGCUCCCCAUCCGCGACAGUUCACUCACUCCACCGAUCGGCUCCCCAUCCUCGACAGUUCACUCACUCCACCACCGAUCGGCUCCCCAUCCUCGAGAGUUAAUACACUCACUCCACCAAUCAACUCCCUAUCCUCGACUGUUCACUCACACCACCGGUCAGCUCCCCAUCCUCGACAGUUCACUCACUCCACCAAUCAACUCCCUAUCCUCGACUGUUCACUCACACCACCGGUCAGCUCCCCAUCCUCGAAAAUUCACUGACUCCACCGAUCAGCUCCCCAUCCUCGACAGUACACUAACUAACUCCACCGAUCAGCCCCCUAUCCUCGACAGUUCAGUCACUCCACCGAUCAGCUCCCCAUCCUCGACAGUUCAGUCACUCACUCCACUGAUCGGCUUCCCAUCCUCGACAGUUCACUCACUCCACCGAUCAGCUCCCCAUCCUCGACAGUACACUAACUAACUCCACCGAUCAGCUCCCCAUCCCCGACAGUUCACUCACUCACUCCACUGAUCGGCUUCCCAUCCUCGACAGUUCACUCACUCCACCGAUCAGUCCCGAUCUUCGACAGUUCACUCACUCCACCACUGAUCAGCUCCGCAUCCUCGACAAUUCACUCACUCCACUGAUCGGCCCCCCCAUCCUCGACAGUUCACUCACUCCACCGAUCAGCAUCCCAUCCUCGACAGUUCACUCACUCCAUCACCGAUCAGCUCCCCAUCCUCGACAGUUCACUCACUCCAACACCGAUCAGCUCCCCAUCAUCGACAGUUCACUCACACCACCACCGAUCAGCUCCCCAACCUCGACAAUUCACUCACUCCACCGAUCAGCUCCCAAUCCUCGACAGUUCACUCACUCCAGCACCGAUCAGCUCCCCAACCUCGACAAUUCACUCACUCCACCAAUCGGCUCCCCAUCCUCGACAGUUCAUUCACUCCACCGAUCGGUCACCAUCUUCGACAGUUCACUCCCUCCACCUACAGUCUCCCCAUCCUCGACAGUUCACUCAAUACAUCGAUCGGCUCCCCAUCCUCGACAGUUCACUCACUCCAUCACCGAUCAGCCCCCCAUCCUCGACAGUUCACUCACUCACUCCACCGGUCAGCUCCCCAUCCUCGAAAAUUCACUGACUCCACCGAUCAGCUCCCCAUCCUCGACAGUUCACUCACUCCACCGGUCAUCUCCCCAUCCUCGACAGUUCACUCACUCCACCGAUCGGUCCCGAUCUUCGACAGUUCACUCACUCCACCACUGAUCAGUUCUGGAUCCUCGACAAUUCACUCACUCCACCGAUCGGCCCCCCAUCCUCGACAGUUCACUCACUCCACCGAACAGCAUCCCAUCCUCGACAGUUCAUUCACUCCAUCACCGAUCAACUCCCCAUCCUCGACAGUUCACUAACUCCACCGAUCGGCUCCCCAUCCUCGACAGUUCACUCACUCCACCACCGAUCGGCUCCCCAUCCUCGAGAGUUAAUACACUCACUCCACCAAUCAACUCCCUAUCCUCGACUGUUCACUCACACCACCGUUCAGCUCCCUAUCCUCGACUGUUCACUCACACCACCGGUCAGCUCCCCAUCCUCGAAAAUUCACUCCCUCCACCUACAGUCUCCCCAUGCUCAACAGUUCACUCACUCAUCUGAUCAGCUCCCCAUCCUCGACAGUUCACUCAAUACAUCGAUCGGCUCCCCAUCCUCGACAGUUCACUCACUCCAUCACCGAUCAGCCCCCCAUCCUCGACAGUUCACUCACUCACUCCACCGGUCAGCUCCCCAUCCUCGAAAAUUCACUGACUCCACCGAUCAGCUCCCCAUCCUCGACAGUUCACUCACUCCACCGGUCAUCUCCCCAUCCUCGACAGUUCACUCACUCCACCGAUCGGUCCCGAUCUUCGACAGUUCACUCACUCCACCACUGAUCAGUUCUGGAUCCUCGACAAUUCACUCACUCCACCGAUCGGCCCCCCAUCCUCGACAGUUCACUCACUCCACCGAACAGCAUCCCAUCCUCGACAGUUCAUUCACUCCAUCACCGAUCAACUCCCCAUCCUCGACAGUUCACUAACUCCACCGAUCAACUCCCAUUCCUCGACAGUUUACUCCCUCGACCAGCAAUCAGCUCCCCAUUCUCGACAGAUCACUCACUCCACCGAUCAACUCCACAUCCUCGACAGUUCAUUCACUCCACAACCGAUCAGCUCCCCAUCCUCGACAGUUCACUCAUUCCACCGAUCAGCUCCCCAUCUUCGACAGUUCACUCACUCCACCACCGAUCAGCUCCCCAUCCUCGACAGUUCACUAACUCCACCGAUCAACUCCCAUUCCUCGACAGUUUACUCCCUCGACCAGCAAUCAGCUCCCCAUUCUCGACAGAUCACUCACUCCACCGAUCAACUCCACAUCCUCGACAGUUCAUUCACUCCACAACCGAUCAGCUCCCCAUCAUGGACAGUUCAUUCACUCCACCGGCGAUCAGCUCCCCAUCCUCGACAGUUCACUCCCUGCACCUACAGGCUCCCCAUCCUCGACAGUUCACUCACUCCACCGAUCAGUUCCCCAUCCUCGACAGUUCACUCACUCCUCCGAUCAGCUCCCCAUUCUCGACAGUUCCCGCACUCCACCACCAAUCAGCUCCCCAUCCUCGGCAGUUCACUCAAUCCACCGAUCGGCUCCCCAUCUUCGACAGUUCAUUCACUCCACCACCGAUCGGCUCCCCAUCCUCGACAGAUCACUCACUCCACCAUUGAUCGGCACCCCAUCCUCGACAGUUCACUCACUCCACCACCGAUCAACUCCCCAUCCUCAACAGCUCAUACACUCACACCACCACCGAUCAGCUCCCCAUACUCGACAAUUCACGCACUCACUCCAUCACCGAUCAGCUCCCCAUCCUCGACAGUUCACUCACUCCACCACCUAUCAUCUCCCCAUCCUCGACAGUUCAGUCAUUCCAUCACUGAUCAACUCCCCAUCCUCGACAGAUCACUCACUCACUCCACCGAUCGGCUCCCAUCUCCCAUCAUUCCACCAUGGAUCAGCGCUCCAUCCUCGACAGUUCACUCACUCCACCGAUCGGCUCCCCAUCCUCGACACUUCACUCACUCCAGCACCGAUCAGCUCCCCAUACUCGACAGUUCACUCACUCCAUCACCGAUCAGCUCCCAAUCCUCGACAUUUCACUCACUCCACCAAUCAGCUCCCCAUCCUCGACAGUUCACUCCCUCAACCACCGAUCAGCUCCCCAUCCUCAACAGUUCACUCACUCCAUCACCGAUCAGCUCCCCAUCCUCGACAGUUCACUCACUCGACCAAUCGGCUCCACAUUCUCGACAGAUCAUUCACUCCACAACCGAUCAGCUCCCCAUCCUCGACUGUUCACUCACUCCACAACCGAUCAGCUCCCCAUAAAUGGCUAAUCACUCCACCACCGACCAUGAUCGUUCACCCACUCCACCACCGAUCACCCACCCAUCCUCGACAGUUCACUCACUCCACCGAUCAGCUCCCCAUCCUCGACUGUUCACUCACUUACUCCACCGAUCAGGUCCCAAUCCUCGACAGUUCACUCACUCCACCACCGAUCAGCACCCCAUCCUCGACAGAUCACUCACUCCAUCACCGCUCAGCUCCCUAUCCUCAACAGUUCACUCAAUCCACCACAGUUCAGCUCCCCAUCCUCGAAAAUUCACUGACUCCACCGAUCAGCUUCCCAUCCUCGACAGAACACUAACUAACUCCACCGAUCAGCUCCCCAUCCUCGACAGUUCACUCACUCCACCAAUCAGCUCCCCAUCCUCGAAAGUUCACUAACUCACUCCACCGAUCAGCUCCCCAUCUUCGACAGUUCACUCACUCCACCGAUCAUCUCCCCGUCCUCGACAGUUCACUCACUCCACCGAUCGGUCCCCAUUUCGACAGUUCACUCACUCCACCACCGAUCUGCUCCCCAUCCUCGACAGUUCACUCACUCCAACGCCGAUCAUCUCCCCAUCCUCGACAGUUCACUCACUCCAGCGAUAGGCUCCCCUUCCUCGACAGUUCACUCACUCCACCGAUCGGUUCCCCAUCCUCGACAGAUCACUCACUCCACCACCAAUCAGCUCCCCAUCCUCGACAGUUCACUCACUCCACCGAUCGGUCCCCAUCUUCGACAGUUCACUCACUCCACCACCGAUCGGUACCCCAUCCUCGACAGUUCAUUCACUCCACCGAUCGGUCACCAUCUUCGACAGUUCACUCACUCCACAACUGAUCGGCACCCCAUCCUCGACAGAUCACUCACUCCACCGAACAGCUCCCCAUCCUCGACAGUUCACUCACUCCAGCGAUAGGCUCCCCUUCCUCGACAGUUCACUCACUCCACCACCGAUCGGUUCCCCAUCCUCGACAGUUCACUCCCUCCACCUACAGGCUCCCGAUCCUCGACAGUUCACUCAAUAAAUCGAUCGGCUCCCCAUCCUCGACAGUUCAUUCACUCCACCACCAAUCGGCUCCCCAUCCUCGACAGUUCACUCACUCCACCACCAAUCUGCUCCCCAUCCUCGACAGUUCACUCACUCCAACGCCGAUCAUCUCCCCAUCCUCGACAGUUCACUCACUCCAGCGAUAGGCUCCCCUUCCUCGACAGUUCACUCACUCCACCGAUCAGCUCCCCAUCCUCGACAGUUCACUCACUCCACCACCGAUCGGUUCCCCAUCCUCGACAGUUCACUCACUCCACCGAUCGGUCACCAUCUUCGACAGUUCACUCACUCCACAACUGAUCGGCACCCCAUCCUCGACAGAUCACUCACUCCACCGAACAGCUCCCCAUCCUCGACAGUUCACUCCCUCCACCUACAGGCUCCCCAUCCUCAACAGUUCACUCACUCCUCCGAUCAGCUCCCCAUCCUCGAUAGUUCACUCACUCCACCACCAAUCAGCUCCCCAUCCUCAACAGUUCACUCACUCCAUCACUGAUAAGCUCCCCAUCCUCGACAGUUGACUCACUCCACCACCGAUCAGCUCCCCAUCCUCGACAGUUGACUCACUCCACCACCGAUCAGCACCCCAUCCUCAACAGUUCACUCACUCCAUCACCGAUCAGCUCCCCAUCCUCGACAGUUCACUCACUCCUCCGAUCAGCUCCCGAUCCUCGACAGUUGACUCACUCCACCACCGGUCAGCUCCCCAUCCUCGACAGUUCACUCACACCACCGGUCAGCUCCCCAUCCUCGAAAAUUCACUGACUCCACCGAUCAGCUCCCCAUCCUCGACAGAACACUAACUAACUCCACCGAUCAGCCCCCUAUCCUCGACAGUUCACUCACUCCACCGGUCAUCUCCCCAUCCUCGACAGUUCACUCACUCCACCGAUCGGUCCCGAUCUUCGACAGUUCACUCACUC